AUGAAAAGGAUCGGUUCUGUAUGGGGGGUUGUGGAUGUUUUGGGACGCCGUUGGAGUACUGCCCCUUGGUAUGGCACCGGGUUAACGGUCUCGACAGGAAUCCUGGCUGCCAUCCUGAACGACGGGUGCAGCCCUCAUACGGGCGCGAAGCUCCUCAGGCCCGAAACAGUCCAAGGUAAAGCAAGCACUCCAUACUUCAGGAACAGCAGGCUAACCCAUACAGCAAUGUUCACCGAUCAGAUCCCGGCCAUGCCGAUCAAGAGCAACGAGUACACGCCGACCGGGAAGCCGGAGAUCGCCAACGCAACGCCGCUACAGCCGGGCCCGGAAGACCUCAGCGAGGGCCGGGGCCUCUCCUUCGCCUUGAGCCACGCGCAGAGUCCGACCGGGAGGGCUGCCGGGUCGGCUUCGUGGGACGGGGUGGCCAACCUGUUCUGGUUCGCGGACAGGGAGAACGGGAUUGGGGGGGUCGUUGCAUCUCAGAUUCUGCUAUAUGAGGACCUCGAGGUGGUUGGUUGCUCUGGGGCUGUGGAGAGCAUAAUCUACAACGACCUUGUCCACAGCCAUCAUUGCUGGCCGGCAAUCAUUCCUCAAUCAUCGUCAGGAUCCACACCUCGAGGCCUCCCCGAGCUUCUUCUGGCAGACGAGACGAGCAACAAUAAUAUGCUGGACAUGUCCACUGGACCUCGGAAGGCUCUUGCAUAUUAA